CAGCUGCGGCGGGUCGCGCGGCUCCGGCCCAUCUCGGGGGGCGGGCGGGGGAGGCGCGGCGCGCGAGCGGAGCGCGGGGCACCAUGUCCGACGCGGGCGGCGGAAAGAAGCCGCCUGUGGAGCCGCAGGCGGGGCCGGGCCCGGGGCCGGGGCCGGGGCCGGGGCGCGCCGCCGGGGAACGGGGCCUGCCGGGCUCGUUCCCGCUGGUGCUGAAGAAGCUGAUGGAGAACCCCCCGCGGGAGGCGCGCCUCGACAAGGACAAGGGGAAGGAGAAACUGGAGGAGGACGAGGCGGCGGCAGCCAGCACCAUGGCCGUCUCGGCCUCCCUCAUGCCGCCCAUCUGGGACAAGACCAUCCCGUAUGACGGCGAGUCCUUCCACCUGGAGUACAUGGACCUGGACGAGUUCCUGCUGGAGAACGGCAUCCCUGCCAGCCCCACGCACCUGGCCCAGAACCUGCUGCUGCCCGUGGCUGAGCUGGAGGGGAAGGAGUCUGCCAGUUCCUCCACAGCAUCCCCGCCGUCCUCCUCCACCGCCCUCUUCCAGCCCUCGGAAACCGUGUCCAGCACAGAAUCUUCCCUGGAAAAGGAGAGGGAAACUCCCAGUCCCAUCGACCCCAACUGUGUGGAGGUGGACGUGAACUUCAACCCUGACCCGGCCGACCUGGUCCUGUCAAGCGUGCCCGGAGGGGAACUCUUCAAUCCGCGGAAGCACAAGUUUGCUGAGGAGGACCUGAAGCCCCAGCCCAUGAUCAAAAAGGCUAAGAAGGUCUUUGUGCCUGACGAACAGAAGGACGAGAAGUACUGGACGAGGCGCAAGAAAAACAACGUGGCAGCCAAACGGUCCCGGGAUGCCCGACGCCUGAAGGAAAACCAGAUCACCAUCCGGGCGGCCUUCCUGGAGAAGGAGAACACAGCCUUGCGCACGGAGGUGGCCGAGCUGCGCAAGGAGGUGGGCAAGUGCAAGACCAUCGUGUCCAAGUAUGAGACCAAGUACGGGCCUUUGUAACCCGUGCCCCCGCCUGGGCAGGCACCUCUGCCCGGGGGCUCCCUGAGCCCCGCACACAUGUGGAGACUUAGACUCGUGGGCGCGUGACAACGCACCGCUCCUGGGGUGUUCACGUCUCUGCUUCACCAUGUCGCAGCCCCCUCUGGGGGCCCUUCCUGGGGCACCGGCCUCCGCGUUGGCACCAGCCACAGAAACAACCUCAGUUCCCAUCCCUGCUGCCCCCGUUGGCUGGGGUGGGGACCUCUGGUGAGCCACUCUCCUUUCCGAGGGCUAUCUGUGCAGAGGCGCUGCCAUCGGCCGUGUCGCCCUCACGUCUUCUCAGGGAGCAGGCGUGUGUCCACCGAGAGCAGCGACCAUCGCCUCUCCCUCUGCAUGGCAGCAUGUGGCUGGCAGCCACAGGAGCAGUCCUUGCAAAGCCAAGACUGGGGGCUGGGUGGCCUGAGCUCCCGCCCUGCUGCAGGUCCCAUUAUGGCCUUGCUCUGUGGGUACCCUGUGUGGCCUGUGCAGAGGGAGGGAGGGUAGCCUGUUGGUCCCCUCUGCUGCAGGCCGCCCACAGAGGCCACCUUGGUCUCUUACGUGUCCCACGGGGACCGGGCCUCUGGGCCUGUUUCGCGCUACCCGGUGACCCCUGUAAGAAAGCCCCUCCCCAUAGGAGGUGUUCGCUUUCUGCGCUUGGAGACAGCCCUGCAAGGCAGUGAGCACCCGACUUCAGUCCUCUGCAGGGCUGCCACUGUGGGCCGGCUGACCUGCCCCACCAGCAGACCCCAAGGCAGCAGGGGGCCUCCCGUACGCUGUGGGGUACCCGGAGGGCCACAGCAGGGCGGGAUACUAUGUGGGGAUCACUGUGGUCACAGGACCUGCUCUUGGGGACAACAAGCUCUUGGGACAUUGACACAGGACUGGAGUCCCCUUGGUCUGGAUCCCAGGACACAGAGGCUCCCCUGCCCACACCUGGCUGUGGUGCGGGGGGACCAUCCUGGCCACGGCCAUCUCUGUCCCAAUUGCUCCUCUGCCACGCGGUGGAAGCACACUGCCCUGUGUGAACUGGGGCCAUCCACGGGACCCUCUGCUGCCUAGCGCGAAGCAUACCUGCUCUGGGCAGGCCACCGUGAAGAGGACAUGCGGCACACGCUGUUGCACUUAACACUGGCUUUAUUUAAGUCGGGGCUCUGAGUCGCAGCCCCAACACCGAAGACUUUUCGUAGCAAAUGCCAAUACCAGGGAAGCUACCUGCUGACCCUGGACUGCACCCCCAGGGGUGUCCCAACCCUCUGGGGACCCACAUACCCACUUCUCGGGGGGAACUGGACGAGGGUCCCUGAGGCAGAGGUAGCCAGCCCCUCCGCCCAGGCCCUGAUCCUUCCUUUGUGGUUCUGUAAACACCAUGUACACACUUCCACUGUCACAUCCGCACGGGGCAGUGGCCUCCCGCAUGUCCAUGCCCUGCCCCUGGCCACUCGCCUGCCACUCGGGCUGCUCACUAAGAGGGCAGUCCUCCUGAUGGCUGUGCGGGACAGCCUGAGCUCUCAAGCUCUCCUUCUUCUUCUUCCUUUUUUGGCUAGAAAAUGGCUGGUUUGUGGUUUCAGUUUUCUUUUCUUGAAGGGUUGAUGCUUGAGUUGCGGGGGACAGUGGAACAGGGCCUUGACCUGUGUGUCCUCCUGGGCAUUGGGCGUCUGGCUCCUUCCCAGAAGCCCCUGCAAGUCAGAAGCCCGUCUGGGACAGAAAUGAGAAAUGAGGAUGUCCCCAGAGGGCGACAGUGCAGGGCAGAGUGGUGCUUGGCUGCGCUGGCCGCCGUGGCCUGU